AUGCACCAUGAGCUGACGUAUACUCCACUAAUUCAAUAUGUUCCCGUGGCAAACAAUACUCCUAGCCCUUCCGAUACUUCAAAUUUUGACCCGAUGGCUUCGAUCCCGACUGUGGCAAAGUACGACCGACUCCCGGAUUUUGUAGAACCACUUUCUCCCCAACUAACUUCGGAUGAUAUCAACUAUCUUCACAGGAAAGGUGCCCUGGCAUUACCUCGAAUGGAGCUUCUCGACGCACUCGUUCGAAGCUAUUUCCAGUAUUUUCACUGGUUUAUGCCUCUUUUGGACCACAAUGUCUUGUUAAGCUGUGCAGGAAGCCAUUGGCGGCCUGGAAUGCCGAGAAUCAGCAUUUUAGUGUUACAGGCAGUCAUGUUCGUUGGUGUGACAUUUGUCGAUAUGCAGUAUCUACAUGAAGCCGGUUUCGAAUCGAGAAGAGUUGCGAGAAAAAGCCUGUACGAGAGAGUGAGAUUGCUCUAUGAGCUCGAUGUGGAGGAAAGCCGCGUCGCCAUCAUUCAAGCGACGCUCCUCAUGAGCUUCUGGAACGAAACACCCGGCGACAAUAAAGGAGGCUGGCAUUUUCUGGGAAUUGCCAUAUCGUUGGCCCUGACAAUAGGACUCCACCGGAAACAAACUUUCUCAAACCCUUCGCUGCAGAAACAUCUUUUCAAAAGAAUAUGGUGGUCGUGCUAUAUGAGAGAUCGUAUGCUUGCAUUUGGGAUGUCUCGGCCUCUGAGGAUCAACAAUAACGAUUUCAAUACUCCAUUACUGGAACUCGACGAUUUCGAAAUAGACAACAGCGCAGCAGGUGACCUUCCAUACCAUGUUCUAGAGCCGCAAUGUCAGCGGAGCCUUGCGGAGAUCUGUAUCACGAUGGCGAAGCUUUGUGUUCAGAUAGGGAUGGUGAUCGACUUGCACUAUUCCAUUCUCCCCAGCGACAAUCACGAGCAAUCUGCGAAGGAUCUGACGGGCCGAACUACCGCAAUACUAUAUCCCAAGUCUGAGCCAGGCAAAUUAGAGCUGAUCAAGACAUAUGACCAGUGCCUGCAAGCGUGGUUCAACAAUAGGCCUGCAUCAACUGUCUUCCAACCUCCCAAGUCAAAGAAUAUUGUUGAAUCUGCUGCGGUGGUCAUGGCUCACCAAGCUUUCCUACAAGUCUGCUUUUGUGCCACCCUUACAGCACUCCAUCGACCACAGAUUUAUCUGAGCAAGCCUGAGGCCAGAAGUAUGGACCAGUGGGAAGAACUUCGGGAACAGUCCAGACUGAGAGUCAAAGAAGCAACAACAGAAAUGGGAAAAAUCAAUUAUCACAUUCACAGACUCCAUUUGAGUUCCGCUCUACCUCCCACCGCUGCUACCCUAGAAAUACCGAUCCUCAUUACGCAUCUAAAGCAUAUACAAUACCAGGAGGGCCAGAAUCUUGAAAAUUGUUUGGAAUCAAUCCUUUAUUGUCUGAAAGUGAUGGAGGAAAUGCAAGAUCUCUAUGUGGGUGUUGAUCUGGCGAUCAGGUUUGCCGCUGACCUUGUGAGGAGGGCAAAUAUCGAUCUGUUAGUUGGGCAGGACAUGAAAGUUGACGGACUCAGCUACCGAGGCUGCCAGUAUCAGCUUCGCAGUAUGGGGACCUACGAAUCUACAGCAAACCCGGAGACUGGCAAUAUCGACAACCAUCAUCAUAUCCGAAAUGUUUCAGCUUUGCCGACUGGUUAUUCGUCACCAGACAGACCUUGUACGGCGAGGUCGACUUCAGACAGGAAGCAGACUGAUGGCAUGGUGUUUAACCUCCCAAAAGUACACUGGGGCUAUUGCGAUGAUAUUUUUCUUGCUGAAAAUCAAGACCUGGAGGCUAUUUUCCAGCUAAUGGUUGAUUUUGACAGCCUAGACGACCUCGCUUCAUAG